GUUGGGUGUAUUGGCUAUCCCUAAUCGGUGGGCCCCACUUAAUUCCCCUUUAAUCCGUUGUUUGGUUGGUUGUAUUGCCAUUACGUUCCAAAUCUAUUCCUUCCCUAAUACACCCGAUCCCGUAAUAGGUAAUACCCCCAUCCAGCGCCGAUUAGAGAAUCCUUACCCAUUUCUUAUUUUCGUUUCCUUUUUCUGCCCUCAUAGAUUUCUGCUUCUUCUUCCAUCGGUAUUGCAGAUCUGUCCUAUUUCUUCUGCUUUCAUAACAAAUCCUCAACAUUAUCUUCAUGGGAGGCUGAUUUCAGUGGCUACUCCAAAGCAGAUUAGGGAACUUAUGCAAGUAGAUGGCUUAACCAAUGAUGAAGUUAAGAGUCAUUUGCAGAAAUACCGGCUAUACACAGGAAGACUUCCAGCUACCACAACAACAACAACCCCUGCAAAUCAAUCAGGCCUUGUUUUGGGUGGUGGUCAUGCAUGGAUGUGUCAAGAUCAGUUUGGAGAAUCCUCGAAAGGGAGCAAUUCGCAGUUGGGUUCCCCUCAAGGUCCUCUCCAGUUAACCACAAACACCGGAGGGACCUCCACUACAGGGUGUGAGAGCAUGGAAGAUGAUGAAGAUGCAAAAUCCGAGUGCUAUAGUUGGAAAAUCCAUGUUCAGAAACCCAGAAAAAACAAUGUAUAGAGUUUACCCACCAUGAAUUUUGCAGAUAAAAAAAAAGAAAGAAAAUAUACAUGGGAGGAAAUCAUUUAUCUUAUACAACCACUGUAUUUAUACAUAUAAAAGGAGAAGGAUCUUGAGAAUUGAGAGAGACAUGUAAAAUUUUUGCAGGAUUUAGCUUUCCUUGGAUAUCGAAUUCAUGUUUUUGUUUUAUUGCACAACUAGUAAAGAAUUCCUAUUAUCAUCAAUUUGGACA